ACCGCCACAAAAGCCCUACCCUUGAACCCUCUCCCACCCCGCCUCCACAUCUCCUUUGCCGCCGCUGCCGCCGCCUCGCCAUCCCGAGCGAGCAUGCGGCCGCCCUCCUCCACCUCCUCCCCUCGCCGCCUUCCCGUUUGCUAGGGCUCCGGCCGCCUUGCCGUUCCUUCCCCUCCUCGUCAUCACUAGGGUUUCGACCUCGCGCCGCGGGGGAGUUUGUAGCCCGACUGACCCGAAGCUGUUGCCGCCGCCCGCCCUCCCGGCCGCGCCAUGGUGAGGCUCACCGCCGACCUGAUAUGGAAGAGCCCGCACUUCUUCAACGCCGUCAAGGACCGCGAGCUCGACAUCCGAGGUAACAAGAUCCCCAUCAUCGAGAAUCUGGGCGCCACCGAGGACCAAUUUGACACAAUUGACUUGUCAGACAAUGAGAUUGUCAAGCUUGAGAACUUCCCGUACUUGAAUCGUCUUGGCACUCUGUUAGUUAACAAUAACAGAAUCACACGUAUCAAUCCCAAUCUUGGUGAGUUCUUGCCAAAGUUACAUACAUUGGUGCUUACAAACAAUCGUCUUACAAAUCUUGCGGAGAUCGAUCCCCUGGCAUCUCUUCCAAAGCUUCAGUUUCUUAGCUUACUUGAUAAUACUGUAACCAAGCAGCCAGACUACCGGUUGUAUGUGAUCCAUAAAUUGAAGCAUUUGCGGUUGCUGGAUUUCAAGAAAGUGAAACAACAGGAGAGAAUUGCAGCAGCACAGAAGUUUCACUCAAAGGAGGCAGAGGAAGAGGCAAAGAAGGUGCCAGCCAAAACUUUUACUCCUGGACAGGUGGUGGAUGCUCAAGAUACCACAAUGGAGGAGCAGGGUCCAAAAGUAGUUGCUCCAACACCUGAGCAAAUCACAGCUAUCAAGGCUGCCAUUGUGAAUUCUCAGACACUUGAGGAGGUUGCAAGGCUUGAAAAGGCACUGAGCACUGGCCAAAUUCCUGCUGAAUUUGCAAUCCCCAAGCCAGAUGCUAAUAUGGCUGAUGCUUCAGAGGAAACUGAAAAGAUGGAGACAGAUGGUCAGAACCAAGAAAAUGGGGCGGAUGAGAAGAAGCAAAAUGAAGAAAGCACCCCAAUUGAAGAGGAUUGAAGGCAUAUGCACACACUGAUAUAAUCUGGCACCAAGUUGGUGUUAGAUUUCCGUUUUAUUUGUGGGGGCAAAGCCACAUUGCGAUGCCUGAUCUCGUUGAAUGCUCUCGCUGGUCUCUAGCAUAGUACCGGUAUUUCUGUAUCUUGUGAAUGCUAACAUUUUUCAGAAGAUGGAAAAACUAUUUGCUGUGUUUAGGAAACAAGCUUGGGGUAUUUUAUACCUUCCAGUACCGCUAGAUUUCUUGAUGUUGUAGACUGUAGACGCUGUUUCAUGUGGGGCAUGCGAGAUGUUCACUCUUAUUUUCUGGAAAUUUCCCCCUUAUUGCUCUCUA